AUGACUGAUCCACUGAAUGAGAUACUGUUCUUGACUUUCAACCAGGACUCGACGUCUCUGGCGGUCGGUACUCGCAGUGGCUACAGUUUGUUCGUUUUCGGUGACUUCAACGAGUUGCACAAGUUGUACGAAAAUAACGUGUGCCUCGUCGAGCGGCUAUUCUCCAGUAGUUUGUUGACAUUGGUUUCACUUACGGCGCCUCGGAAGCUGCAGGUGUACCAUUUCCAGAAGAAUCGCGAGAUCUGCAAUCAGAGCUACUCGAACAGUAUUUUGGCGGUUCGUCUUAACAGACUUAGACUGAUCGUAUGUUUGGAAGAAAGUAUUUACAUUCACAACAUCAGGGACAUGAAAGUACUCCACACGAUCCGCGAUACUCCAGCAAAUCACCAAGGGCUGUGUGACUUGAGCCCUAGCGACGUUAGUUACUUGGCUUAUCCGGGAUCUGUCCACAACGGCGAGGUUCAUAUCUUUGAUGCCGCGAAUCUGCAAGCCGUCACGAUGAUCGCCGCCCACUUCAAUCCUCUGUGCGCCCUGAAGUUCAACAUGGAUGGAAGUAAACUUGCAACUGCAUCGGAAAAGGGUACUGUAAUUAAAGUAUUCGCUGUUCCCAGUGGUGACAAGCUGUUCGAGUUCAGACGAGGACUCAAGAGGUGCGCGACCAUAUAUUCGUUGGCAUUUAGUCAAGACUCCCUCUACCUUUGUUGCUCGAGUAAUACAGAGACAAUACACAUCUUUAAACUGGAGCAUCAAGACAAAGAAAGUUCGUCGGUCCAGGGAUGGGUGAACUUUAUGGGCCGUGCUGCAGCCAGUUACCUGCCCUCGCAACUAAGUGACAUCCUGAAUCAAGAACGAGCAUUUGCCAUUGCCAGGCUACCACAUCCUGGUUUUAAAAACGUUUGUACGUUAACCGAGUAA